AUGGACACCCCGCAGCGAGUCACGGACGCUGUAGGAGUGCUGCCGAGCCAUGCUGCUGGUGGCGGCGGCAGCGGCAGAAAGACGGGCAGUGACGGGGGCCACGUAUCGUGGGCGGUGGUGAGACGCGUGGGGCGCCUGUUCCUGCCCUACUGGGUGCCGCUCGUGGCUGUGUUCGGUGUGUUGGUUGUCAACGCCUACUUCGACUCCCUCAUGCCGCAGCUGUAUCGCAGCUUCGUGGACGAGGCGGUGCCCAAGCAGGACGUCGAGCGCAUCGUCUCGCUGGCCAUCCAGGUGGUGGGCGUGCUGUGCGCCACGGUGGCGAUGAAGGUGGGCAAGGAGGCCCUCACCACCCACGUGGCGGAGCACAUGGCCCGCUCCCUCCGCGAGUCUCUCUUCAGCGGGCUCCCGCUGCAGCAUUUCGUGCAGAACCGGUCGGCUGAAUUCGCCGCCCUCUUCAACCAGGAACUCACCGGGGCCACGGGUGGAGUGUGCCGACUCAUCUUCUCCACGGCGCAGAAUCUGUUCACGUUGGCCUUCCUCCUGCGCGCCAUGUACGGCAUGGAUUGGCGGCUCACGGUGGGGUGCGUGGUGCUGGUGCCGGCAUUCUACGUGCCCUCCCUUUACAUGUCCUCCCGCAUGCGCGCCUACAAACAGGAGGCCUUGCAGAGGAGGAGCGGAAUGAACGAGGCCCUCGCAGAGUCGCUCACGAUGGCCGGCGUCAUUCUCGCGCGCACGUUUGGACAGCAGCGCUUCUUCCUCGACCGCUUCACGAGGGAGAGCGAGGCCUUGUCCCGCACCACGAGCCGCGCCAAUCUCCUGCACACGUCGUUCUUCCAGGUGUUGCUGGUCGCCAUGAGCUUCAUGUCCAUCAUCGUGUACAUGCUCGGGGCGCUCAUCUUCAUCCUCUUCUCCACCGACCUCAGCAACAUUCAGAUCAAGGGCACGUGUCGCCUUCCUCCUGCCUGCCGGCCGGAUGGCCAGGUGGUGGGGCUGGGCGGCAUCACCAUGGGUACCGUCGUCGCCUUUUCCUCCUACAUUGGCCGGCUCUACGGGCCGCUGUCGGAUUUGUCCGGGGUGCAGAUCCAGCUGGCCACGUGCGCGGUGAGUUUCGAGCGCAUCUUCCACUACGUGGACCUGCCGGCCGCCGCACCGCAGCAGCAGCAGCAGCAGGCGGAGGAGGGGGGAGUGGAGGAGCAGGAGGAGCAGGAGGUCCCGCUUCUGCGCUUGGGCGACGUGGUCGGGGACGUGAGCUUCUCCUACGCGCCGCCACCUCCUCUCCUUCUCGAUUCCUCUCUGCCAGAGGGCGGCGCCCCACCACCGGAGGCGGCCGAGGAGGCGGCGGGCGGAGGAGAAGGGACGCGUGCGCCCCCGGACUGCGGCGGGAAGGCCGAGGAGCGGCCAAAGGGAACUCUCACGCGACCAGAAGAGGAGGAGGCGGCGGCGGCGCCGGCGGCGGAGGAGGAGGAGACGGCGGUGGAGGAGGCGCGAAGGUGGACCCUCGCGGGCGUGAGCGUGCACUUCAGGGCGGGCGAGUUGACGGCGAUCGUCGGGGCCAACGGGAGUGGCAAGACCACCCUGGCGUUCCUCCUGAUGGGCUUCCUGCGACCGCAGCGCGGAGAGAUCUUCAUCGACGGACAUCCUCUCUCGCGCAUUGCAGGCAGCCACCACCGAUCCUCCUCCUUCUGCUUCCCCUCGCGCGCGCCUGCGCCAGGGCCUCUGGGGCUGGCGGCCCACGUGGGCUUUCUCUCGCAAGAGUGCUACCUCCUCAACGACACCGUGGCGAACAACCUACGGCUCGGGCGUGCCGACGCCACCACCGACGAGCUCCACGAGAUCUGCCGCGUGGUGGGCGUGCACGACAAAAUCUGCUCCCUCCCUGACGGGUAUGACACUGUUGUGGGCCAUCGGGCUUCGAGUCUCUCCGGCGGCGAGAAGCAGAAGCUGGCCAUCGCAAGGGUGCUGCUGCGGCGUCCGAAGCUGCUGGUCCUCGAUGAGUUCGAUUCCUCCCUCGACCCCCACAGCCAACGUCGCAUCCAUGACUACAUCAACCGGCAGUUUGCUGCUCACACGCGCAUCGUCAUUGCCCACCGACCAGAAGCGGUGCGGAAUGCAGAUCGAGUGGUGGUGCUUCACCGAGGUCGUGUGGUGGAGUGCGGCACACCAGCGGCGCUCCUGGAGAAGAACGGCUACUUCGCUUCGUUCUUCUCCACCGCCGGGAGCAGCGUACUGGCGUGA